CGAGCUCUUUCCGUUCAUGGAACGUGUACCGGCGAACAUGGUAUUGGUAUUGGCAAAAUACCAUAUCUCGUGGAGGAGUUCGGCUCGAUUGGUGUGCAAGUAAUGAAGGAUAUCAAACGGGCACUUGAUCCUAAUAACAUAAUGAAUCCAGGAAAGGUAUUUGUCUAA